CAAAGCCUUGCCCCCUCUUUUGAUUAUUCAUAUAAAAGCCACUGAAAGGGUUUGUGAUUUUAUUCACCUCCUGACAGACCAAAGAUGGAACUGAAAAUCUUCAUUGUUCUCUUCUGCGCUCUUUUCACUGGAGGACAUUCACUCAAAUGUUUUGAGUGUUCAGGUAUAAUGGGUUCUUGUGAAAGCAAAGUGACAACGUGUCCAGGCAUUGCCACAGCUACAUGUGGAAGUGCAACAAUUGUGACCAACACUGGUGGCAAUGAAGUUAAAAUGCAGUCUAAGAGUUGUACAGUGACGGAGGCUUGUAUAACUUCAUCUAUUAACUUCGGAGUUACAAGGACAGUUACAUCUACACAAUGCUGUAACUCAGACCUUUGUAAUAGCAAAGACGCCCCAGAUUCCAGCUCUAACAGCCUCAAUGGAAAACAAUGUUACUCCUGCGAUGGACUGAGUUGCUUCAACAUAUUAAACUGUUUAGGAAACGAAGACUACUGCAUUAAAGCUACAGUACCUGGUGGGUCUGCUUCUCAGACUGUUAAAGGAUGUGCCUCUAAAUCUAUCUGUGAUGCCACAUCACAAGCGAAUGCAGGUUACAUGAGCUUCUCAUGCUGUAAGGGGAAUCUGUGUAACGGUGCUAAGAGCGUCACACAGAAUCUCCUCUUUCUCUUAUGGCCACUCUUCUUCUUCAUCCUGAUCCACUGAAUUCAGCAAAACUUUACUCUUUACAGCAGUAAUGAGAGAUAUUGUGGUGGGAUUAGUAAAAAAAGUGACAUAUUUUGGAUUUAAAAACAAUGUUUAAUUUAAUAUUGCUUAAUUUUCAUUGUAUUUUUGUUGUUAUAUUAGAAAAAAUACAGCAAAUAGAGAAAACAUGAAAUAAAAUGUAACCACACCACUAUA